GUAUGUGCUUCCUGCUACGUUGGUGGGUUUGUGUCGCGCGCACAUACACUGUGUACUAUAGUAAUAGCCGACGGUCGGUUUUCCUGCUUGCUUGCUUGCUUGCUUUUGGAUGAUGAUGUUGAUGAUGAUUAUAACAUUUUAGUCUUUUUAAUGCUUUUCGAAAUACAAAUCUGUUUUUCAAAGUGUGUUUGAUGUUUCCUUUAUUGGGUUUUUCGCAAGUUGCAUUCAGGAAAUAUAUCCGUACGUGGGUGCACACCGGGCUGCUAAAAUAUAUAAAUAAUUAAAUACUGUGGAAAAAAAAACAAUUUUUGGCAGUGCAUGUGUAGUAAAAAAGAAUUUAAAAAUAAAUACUAUCCAAAAGGUGAAAAGGAAUAUAUCAAGAGAGGGUAAAUUACAGUGAAAAAAUAGCAAAGAAAUAAAGAAAAAAAGUAUAAUAACCAGGAAAGCGCUAACAAAAAAAAAACGAAUCCUAGAAAAAGUGUAAUCUGUGUGUCACAACCGGGCUCAUUCAACGCUUGGCUGCUUCUACUUGCUCCAAAGGCUUAACAGCGCACACAAGUGGUGCCUUUUUUGUAUACCAAAUUUCACUGCCGUUAGCCACCGACCGACAUACGACGACGACUGCGACGACGAGAACGACUGGUUGCUGUUGAUCGCUCCCAAAUGAUGCGCAACAGUGUCAUUGCCACUGCCAUUACGCUCUACGCUGCCAACGACGGUGUUGCUGCCACUGCCUCGUCCUCUACAGCCGAUACUCCUACAGCUACAGCUACAAGCACUGCCAACAACAUCAACAAGAGGAAGAGAACGAGCGCCAACAGACAGAGCAACAGCUACAACAACCGUUAGUUUAUGCCCUGAGUUAGCCUGCGGGACGCAAUCGCGGUAUACGCCGAGUCUGGCGGUUUUUCUACAACUCCCACGGCAACAAUAAAAAGCGAAACGAGCGACAACGUCGAAGCGGCUCAGCGGCACAGUGGCUCAUAGCGCAACAAUUCCCGGCAGCAUAUAAAAAGUUAUUAUCAUUUUAAUUUCUUCCUUCGUAUCUCGCGCAACGAGCUUGUGGGUUUAUUUUAUUUAUUUUUUCGUUGUGCUUUGCUGCUGUGUGGCUUUGUGUGUCGUGUGCGUUGGUGUUGGACUCGUCGUGUCAUACAGAUACAAUGAAAUACAAUUGUUCAUGUGAUUGCAAUUGCAGCGACCGCGCUUCGUGCAGCACCAACAUCACCGACCGCCGUCCGAGCGACAAUAUAAUGGCCAAUGGCGAUUGUUAUCGCCGAUUGUCGAACUCAUCGUCCGUAUUGUACGGCAGUUGUCCACAACUAACACAGCAUUGCGAUUCACUGCAGCAGCAAACACAUUGUCCACACAUCAAAUCAAACGCCGCCGAGCAAGACGCAGAAUCAGAGUCAGAGCUAGAGCAACAAGCGAAAAACCAGCUAACACAUCGUCAGUAUUCGAGUUUAGUGCGCACCGGUCGCCGUCAUCAAACACAUAGUCCCGUCUUGUGUCAGCGUUGUGCCGUGUGACGAAGGAAUAAUCAAGUCUGUACACAUCCCGAACGGUCUACAGUCACUUGUGCGCUAACAUUUACAGCCGGGCGCACAGCGAAGAGCUGCAGUAAAGCCACAAAAGAAGUGACACAGGCAACAGCGAGUGCAGUGACGACAAAUUGUGCGCCCGCCAACGCGCCGACAAAGUCGUCUUUAGCGUUUGUUUCCUUUAAGCCAUCCGCUAUUGCGGCUAGAGCGCGUCGGGCACAACAAUUGCAACAGGAAUUCGUAUCGUCCGUUGCCACACCAGCUGUGACCGCAUCACGCUACUUGUGUCAACAUUGCAGAUUCAACAAUCAGCCGAUUACGUGGUGGGUCUCUUGUCCGCGACUCUCCAAUUUAGGUUCCACGCUAAGUUUGCAACAGAGCGCUGGUGAGCAACAACAGACAAAUAUACAAACUCAACAAACCCAAGCAGCGCAACUGAUACGCGGCGUAGUCGCCAGCAACUACGAUUAUCGAGAGCAACAACAGAAACAACAACAACAGCAACAGCGUCCUCUACCCUUGCCACCAACGAGCGUUAGUGGUGGUGGUGGUGGUGUUGGUGUUGGUGUUGGUGCCGAGGACCAGCCAACGACGCCAAGUGACAGCAACAGUAGUAGCAACAUCAUGGCCACCACAGCCGCAGCAGCCACAAAGAAAACCGUCACGCGCCAGCAACUCUAUGGUUCAAAUCGUUGCCUGCGGCAAUCAAGUGUUCAUUAUCCACUCGAUCAUAGUGCACUGCAGACCUCGCAUAUCGCUGGCGUUGGCGGUGUCAGUGGUGGCGGCGGGGGCGGCACAUUAAAACGUCAGCCAUGCACGCUCUCACAUUCGCGUUCUAUUACUGCGCUACAAAAUAUGGAUCUCUAUGGUAGUUAUGCUACGCUACCCUCAACAGCGGCUGCCGCACCGUUGGACACACCGCAACGUGGAUACUGUGCGCGUCAUUUGGCAGCUGCUCCAGGCAGUGGCGGUGGUGCACCUGGUAUGGGUGUGGGUGGUGGCCUCGGUGUGUCUGGCAGUCAUACUUGGCAUCCCAGUCAAUAUGCGGCCGCCGCCACGCCUUGCUGUCAUCUCUACAAUGCCAAUCAGGCUGCGGCUGCAGCAGCGGCGACUUCUUGCAUGUACGGUGGUAUUGGACACACCUGCCAGCAGCAAGUCGCGGCACCACAACCGCAUCCACAACAACAGCAAACGCAAACCCAACAUCAGCACCAGCAUUCGCAGCAACAAUAUCCACGCGCCGCUCUACUGCAUGACAGUCAUAAGCCUCUGGUACCUAAUGGCUAUUAUUUUGGCUAUGAGCAUGCCACACAUCUGACGGACGAGGAGGACUCGGCGUUUCCUGGCUUCCAUGACCGUGAAUUUCAUAUGCUGCAUCGAAAUAUACCGGCAUUGAGAAGGACGGGUGUGGAUACGGCGGGUAUUAGACAGUACUUCUAUCCGGACGGUGGCUGGGGUUGGAUCAUCUGUGGCAUAGCCUUUUUAAUCCACAUACUCACCACAGGCUUGCAGCUGUCAAACGGUUUGCUACUCUUUUAUGCCAUAGACCAUCUGAGAGAUUCCAAUGGCAUUGAAUGGGUUGGUGCUCUAAACUGGUCAAUUUCUAUGUUACUAUCACCAUUUGUGAUCACAUUUUGUCGAAAAAAAUCGACACGACUGAUGGCAGUAGUCGGUGGUUUGGUGCUUCCACUGGGCGUACUCUUCACCUCCUUCGCAACGGAGUUGGGACAAAUAGUUUUUAGUUAUGGUAUUGUUUUUGGUAUUGCUGUGGCUAUGGUUCGCGAAUCGUCCACAAUAAUGUUAGGUAAUUAUUUUAAGCGUCGUCGGCAAUUCGUCGAAAUGAUCGCCAUGUCAGGCGAAGGUGUGGGCAUAUCGAUUUUCUCUGUGAUACUCCGGGAGGGUGUUGGUAACGCUGGCUGGCGUGUGGGCCUCCAAAUUGUUGCUGGACUAGUAGCUGUUAGUUUCUUUAUGGGUUUGUUGUAUAGACCCGCAUCACUAUAUCAUCCACAACGGCGCGCCAUACAACAUUUGAAGAAUCAGAGGAAAAAGAUGCGUGAAAACAAAUCGAAAUCUGCGGUCACAACCGAACAGAAAGCGGUCCGUUAUUUAUUCAUCGACAUAUCACCUUUUAAAUCAACCAAUGUGAAAAUUUUGAUGGUAUCAGCUGCUGUGGCGGCGUUGGGGAUUUACACGCCCAUGAUCUCAAUGACUUUGACUGUCGCCAAGGAGGGCCCCGAUAUUGAGGAUUUAGUUUUACUACAAACUUUUUUAGGCGUCUCCAGUACAAUAGGCGUAUUCAUAGCUGGCACAAUAUUACGUAACACUUUUAGUAUAGGCAACUUCUUAAUAACCUCACAAAUCGUGUCUCAGGUAUUUAUUGCGUUGAUUGCAAUUUCCAUAUUGAGCCUGUCCUUCGUCGUAAGUUUUCGUUGGUUUUGUAUACUUGGCUGGAUGUAUGGCAUAGGUUUUGGAGGAUUUCGAUAUGCCUUCAAAAUACUUGCGCUGGAUCGCGUCAAGGUGAAGCAAUUCUCAAAGGCAUGGGGCUUGCUAAAGGGUGCUGAAUCCAUACCGGUGCUAAUUAGUAUACCGCUCACCAGCUUUCUCAAUGACUACUCAUUGAACUAUGGACGAGCUGGCUAUUUUAUUUGUUCCGCCGCUGCUGCUAUUGGCGGUAUAAUCAUAUUCUUCAUGGCGUAUUCCACGGUGGAACAUGAGUCCGGCCCGGGUCAUGGUAAUAACAAGAAACAUGGCAAUGGCACUAUACCUACACUGCGUCCCUUCCCGCAAUAUUGCAAGUUACAUGGAUUUCAUGAACCAGUGGUAGACUUCAACGUUUACAAUGGCUGUGAUUAUCCGGCGCCCGAUUUGCUGAUGAGCCGUAGUUGUGUUAGCCUCAAUCAGGUGGACUUUGAGAAUCUCUGUCGCAGCAAUGCUUAUUGUGAUCGUUGGCGUGUGCCGAGCGUGCAUAAGUUGCAACACUGUGCCGUGCAUGGCGGUGGUGGAACUGCUGCAUCGGCGGCACGUGGUCGAGGUCAUAUGAGUGAAAUGAAUCGACCGCAUAGUCCUCAUUAUGAUAUCGAGCAAGGGUAUGGCAGCAUGCGGCGUGGCAUGGGUAAGCGGCUGCAAAAGAGUUUGUCAUUCAUACAAAACCCAUAUUGUUGCAAUGGACAGUGGUACUGUAAUUGCCAUGACAGUUAUCAAUGGGCGCAAACGUCUCCGAGAUCACACAUGCAUCAACCGCUUCUCUGCACCUGCAAUCAAGGUUCCACCAAUUAUUUGCAAAACUCACGCAGUCGUAGUGUUCCUGAAGGUCUCUCCACCAUUGGCAAUCAUCUGUGCCGCUGUAAGAAUCAAACAACAACCACAACAGCAGCACCGACAGCAGCGACAUCACGUUUUGGCUCCUCCACGGCUUUAUCACGUGAAGUUAUCUAUUUGCCGCGUCAUGAUCAUGACUAUAACUUCUCAUGUCGGCAUCAUCAAAGAGGUGUUGGCGCAGCGGCAACAACAGCAACAGCGGCAGCAGUGGCUGCUAUACAACAUGGUGCCGCUACAACACCGCGCACACGUCACAGACGUACACAAUCACUCUCCAAACCACUACAAUAUGUUGAACAGAUAACGACUUCGGUGUAGAUGAAAAAAAGAAAACAACAACAACAACAACAACAAAACCGUUAGAUAGACAAAGAAUAAAAUUCAAUAAAUUGGCGAUAUAAGUUCAAGGAAAAGUAAAUAGUAGUGAAUUAAUUAGUAUGCAGCGGCUUGGAUAUGGUGAAAAAAAUUGACCUGGAAAUUCUUAAAUUAAGACUUUUUUGCUUAGAAACAUUUAUUAUAUGUAAGCUGAGUGAUAUUUCUCGGUUCGAGGUUUAUAACUGAGGAAAAAAUGUAUCUCUAUUGGUUCUAUGAAUAACUGAUAGUUCUCACUGGUAUCAAGUCUUUGCCCUUAAAGUGCUUAAAAUUGUAGUGCAAAAGACCGGCAUACUUUCUCUACGAGGAAAUUAUUCACGGUUCUGUUUCCAUUUCUAAGCUCGUCGAGAUAUUGGCGACAAAGAUAGAAAUGAGAUUUUCUUCGGCUCACUGAGCAGAAGACUUCUAAAUAAAUUUUUCCGGCUUGCUAGCUUACAUAAGCUCAAUUAUUGCAUUAACUUCUGUUCAAAACAUAUACAUAUGUAUACACAUAAUUGGUUCUUCUCCCCCACUUUGUGAUGCGCUUCUUAGUGUUUUUCCAACAAAUGGCGCGGUUUACGAACGGCCGAUGAACUUUUAUAAAGAACUUUAAUUUCAAUAUUAGAAAUACACUCGAAGCACUUGACAGUCCGUGCCGGGGAGUAAUCGCAAUUAUUCUAUUAUUUUAGAUGUUGGUCGAGCCAGGACUCAAACCUUAGCCUUCCGAAUGUCAGUGCGCAAUACCAACCACUCGGCUAGUGCGGCCGCCAAAAAUUUAUUAUUUUUUCCCCACUAUUUUCUGAAGCCACUAGAAUUGUCGACAAAUAAAAAAUUCUAUAAUAAAAAUUAAAAAAAAAAAAAUUAUUACGGUAUGUGCGAUUAAUCAAUUAAACAAAUAAAUUGCUUAAUUCAAAUCGAAUUUUUUAGUUAGGUAAUAACUAAUCAUAUUUCGUUAAGAGAAAUGUAAUUAUUCAAAAAACCUAUUCAGAAAUUAAUCAAUUUAAAUCAACCGAUUUUAACUAAUUUUAAAAGUCAUGAAUUUCUGUAUUACCUUAAAUGUGAU